AUGGGUUGCGGUACAAGUAGGUUCGACGUGGUAGACAAUGUAACAUCUAGCGGCUCUUCAACGGAUGGGUUAUCCACAGUGCAAGAAGAACACCCUUUUUCUUCUUCUGACCCUACCAUUUUAGAUAGGCUAAUCUACGUCGACCUUUCGCAGCCUCGACGACAGGUCUCUUCCUACCCCCGGGAAGCUCCAACUCCUCCUUCUCUGCAGGCACAACAUGCUACAGCAGGUCCGUCAUCUCGAACCCAGCCACGGCAAUCCUCUUCUCCCCUAGCAGCUCUGGCAAGAGGGGCCAAUGAUGACUCUCCCUUGAAUUCCUCCUCUUCAUCCGGACGAGGAGCAUGCAGCGACCGUUACACAACUUACUUUACCCCAAGUGGUACAGAGACACAAGGCAGCUCUUCAGCUGAGGCCUCUCCUCGCUCAGUAGGAACGCGAAGCAGCUCUUCUGCCAAGUCUUCUCCACGCACAGGAGAGACGAAAAGUAACUCUUUCAACUCUUUGCCACAAGGAGAGGAAAAACGAAGCAACUCUUCUUCUACUUCCUCUUCACCGCGUGUAGGAGGAGUACAGGCUGGUUCCUCUGACACUCCCCAAAUCAGAGGGCUGGCUCAGCGACUAGCUCAAACCGAUCUCUCUGGCUCUCGACAAAUGGAAAACAGGGCCAUACAAGGGGGCCAGGCCUCUUGCUUCUCUCGGGAAGGACGACCAAAGCAGGACCGUCCAUCUUCAGAAGGGCAAGCAUCUCAGAUGACUACUCCUAUGAAUCGCGCUGAGCCUUCGUCUCUGCCAUCCGCCAAUCGUCCUAGUACUUGUUUUGAGUUGGAACAACCACUAUUUGAUGGCUAUACUAGUGAUGUGGAUCCAUCUCUUGUUCGGCGCGAACGAAUCGCAAGAUAUCGGCCUGUAGCAGAUACACCCGCACACAACUCCCCUGCCCGCGGUGCUGGUCCUUGUACUCCUCCACAGAAACCACCGCCACGAGGAAGACCUCAGGGUGUCCCUCGUUCGUCAUCUUCUUCGUCGCAGGAUUCCGGGCAUCCAUCAUCUUCUCGUCACAUAAAGAAUGCCACUGCCAAGGAUUGCGUUCACUGA